GCAGAGCACAACCAAACAAAAAGUUAAGAAAGUGCUGGAUAUAUAUAUAGAGAGAGAGAUUUCUAGUCUGAUUUGGAGUGAGUACUGGGAGACCCAGAGAGCUCCAUCCGAUUAGAAACAGAAACAAGAACAAUGAGGGAAGGCCGGGUCCUUUGUUUUCUCACUGCUUUGGUUCUUGUUGCUGCUCAUGGCGUUAAUGGUGAAGACCCGUAUAGAUUCCUCACAUGGAAAGUCACUUACGGUGAUAUCUACCCUCUUGGUGUUAAGCAACAGGGAAUAUUGAUAAAUGGGCAAUUCCCGGGACCUCAGAUCGAUGCUGUUACGAAUGAUAACUUGGUCAUCAAUGUGUUCAACUACCUAAGGGAGCCAUUCCUCGUCUCAUGGAAUGGCAUACAGCAGAGGAGGAACUCAUGGCAAGAUGGAGUGUAUGGCACUAACUGUCCGAUCCGACCAGGAAAGAAUUUCACUUAUAUUUUCCAAGUGAAGGAUCAGAUUGGUAGCUAUUUCUACUUCCCAUCAUUUGGAUUUCAAAAGGCCGCUGGGGGCUUCGGUGGCAUCAGAAUCUGGAGCCGUCCAGGGAUUCCUGUUCCUUUCCCUUCUCCUGCUGGGGACUUCACCAUACUGGCUGGGGACUGGUUCAAGACAAACCAAUAUAUACUGAGACGACUCUUGGAUAGCGGUCGCAACCUUCCAUUCCCUGAUGGACUUCUUAUCAAUGGUCGUGGCUGGAAUGGUUACACAUUUACUGUUGAUCAAGGUAAGACGUAUAGGUUCAGGAUAUCAAAUGUGGGGCUUACAACUUCGAUUAAUUUCAGAAUUCAGGGGCACAGUAUGAAGCUGGUAGAGGUAGAAGGGUCUCACACGCUCCAAAAUACCUACACUUCACUUGAUAUUCAUCUUGGGCAGUCAUAUUCUGUCCUGGUCACAGCCGAUCAGCCUGUCCAGGAUUACUAUAUUGUAGUUUCUUCACGCUUCACCACUCGUGUAUUGACAACAACAGCCAUUCUUCACUACAGCUAUUCAAGCAAGGGAGUUUCUGGUCCUGUUCCAAUUGGGCCUACCACUCAGAUUGCUUCGUCCCUCAGCCAAGCCAGAUCUAUUCGUUGGAACCUGACUGCAAGUGGGCCGAGACCCAAUCCCCAAGGCUCUUACCACUAUGGAUUGAUCAAAACUAGCCGCACAAUCAUGCUUGCCAACUCUGCUCCUUAUAUUAAUGGCAAGCAGAGAUAUGCAGUAAAUAGCGUCUCAUUUGUCCCGCCAGACACCCCACUAAAACUUGCUGACUACUUCCAGAUCCCUGGAGUUUUUAGUGUUGGAACCAUUUCUAGUUUUCCCACCGGGGGAAAUGCCUACCUCCAGACCUCUGUUAUGGGUGCUAAUUUCCGAGAAUAUGUUGAGAUUGUGUUCCAAAAUUGGGAAGACACUGUGCAGUCAUGGCAUAUUGAUGGCUAUUCUUUCUUUGUCAUGGGGAUGGAUGGAGGGCAAUGGACACCUGCAAGUAGAACCCGCUACAAUUUGAGAGACACUGUUGCCCGUUACUCUAUUCAGGUGUAUCCUAGAGCUUGGACUGCAAUAUACAUUGCUUUGGACAACGUGGGAAUGUGGAACAUAAGAUCAGAGAACUGGGCUAGGCAGUACUUGGGUCAGCAGUUCUAUCUCCGGGUCUUCUCUCCUUCAAACUCUUGGAGAGAUGAAAAUCCAAUCCCAAAGAAUGCUCUUCUUUGUGGUCGGGCAAGAGGUCGCCGCACACGACCUCUUCGAGCCAACUAGACAUAAACUACUGUUUAUCUGGAGAGGAUCAUGAUUCUUGGUGGUAGAAGUAGACUGUUCUUUGCGGUAAAUUAAUGCAAGAGCUCAACUUGAGCUCUGAAUUUUUUGUAGAAUUUACUCGGGUGUGAUCUCCACCGUUCUUCUGAGUUCUGAACAGUGAACGCCAUUAUUGUUUGGAUUGAUCAGAACCUUGUUGUUGGGAAGAAUAAUAUGUGGUUGAAUCUCUUCAUGAA